AACAUCGUAAACGAGCGAACAUGUGGGUGUUUGGUUAUGGUUCCUUGAUAUGGAAAGCGGAUUUUCCAUACGAGAAGAAGCUUGUCGGUCAUAUCAAAGGAUAUGUCAGGCGUUUUUAUCAAAAAAGUACUGAUCAUAGAGGCGUGCCCAAUAGACCUGGACGUGUGGUAACAUUACUCGCCUCUACUAAUCCCGAUGACGAAGUAUGGGGACUUGCCUAUAAGAUAUCUUCCGAGAACAUAGAUAACGUGGUGAACCAUUUGGAUUUUCGAGAAAAGGGUGGUUACAUAAAGAAAACGGUUCUCUUUUAUCCUUGUGAUUUCUCAAAAUCUAUCCAAAGCGGUUCAAAUGCCAAUGUGUCUUUAAAUGAUUUUUCGAAAACAAACAUUUCAACAUCAUCUCUGUCGACUGCUUCAAACGAAGCUCCGUUCUACCUCACUAUUUAUAUAGGUGAAGAAGAUAAUCCAAAUUUUGCUGGUAUAGAGAACAUAGAUACCAUUGCAAGACACAUACUUGUUUCACGUGGUAUCAGUGGUUCUAAUAUAGAAUAUCUCUAUAAAUUAGCGUCUGCAAUGCGUACAAUAGCGCCUGGUGUGCAAGAUGAACAUUUAUUUGCCUUAGAGAAUGCCGUAAAACAAUUAGAGCGUGAAAAAGAAUCAUUGGAAUUAGAUGAAUUUUCAUAAAACAUAGUGUAUUGAAAUAAGAAAAUAUGGCCAAUUGUAUCAGUCAGUAUUUUUCAACUGUAAUUAAUAUGAUUUUUUCUUUCCAUGUAAAAAGUUUUUAUAAUUUUGUUUAUGUAAAGUAAAUUGUAAUAAUUUCAUUAUAAUAUGAAUUUAAAAGUAAUUUUAACUAAGUUAAUAAAACAAGACUGUUGAUGCAAUUGGCCGGGAAAUAAAAAGAUGAAACAUCCUUGCAAUAUCCAAAGCAAGUAGAAAAAAUUAUACUUCCGAUUAUAGAAUGAGUUUUUCUAAAGCCACGAUGAAAAAUAUUUAUUAAAUAAAUUAUAUUUUUGUAAUUA